UGUCGGCCAUUAAGUGUCACGAAAUCGUUCAUCUAAAUUUUCGAGUUAUUUUCGACAAAUCAAUUUAAAUCAGAAAGAAUCUGUUCACGUCCGCAGUUUAAAGUUAUAGUACUUUCCUGACGGUCGCGGAUUUCCGGAAAGUCGUCGAAAAGUUGACACCUCAAUUUUGGCUCCGUAAAAGAAGAAUCAGCGAGGACCCUCGUCUCGAAAGAUGCCCGUCAUAGGAUGCACUCCGGAGGACAAUUGCAAAAAGGACGCGUACUUGGCGAGACGAGCUCGUUUACGUGCCAAAGCGAAUGAGGGACCGGAUGCCAAGGAGCUCGUGAAACCAGCCGAAGUCGAACAAUCGGAAUCGGCCGCGAUCGAGAUUUCGCCAAGUCCAGGAUCCAGAGGAGGGAAAUCCUCGGAGAGCUCUCAGCAGGAAGAUCGGAACGCCGGCGAGGAUCCCGUAGAUGAUCGAUCGAUCGGGAACCGAGAGAUCGAGGACACGGUUAGUGAAGCACCCCAAGAGUCGCCGAUUCAGCAGGAGACUCCAGAGGACCAACAAUCGGGACAAUUGGGGGACCCGACUGCGCAGGAUCCCGAGAUCGAGAUCGAAGAUGCCGAUCGAUCGGCCGAUAAUCCGGUGGAAGUCGCUGCCUCGGACUAGCUUCGAUUUCUCGAUAAAGCGCUUUGUCGAGACACCGGCAAUAGCGUGCUAUUAGCCUUUGAUUCGGGAAGUCUGUUCCCAGGACGCGAAGAAGGAGCCUCUUUCCUCCCUGCUCCUCCUUUCUUCUCACGCAAUUAUCCCCGCAAUAAGAUGAAACGAGACGGGACGGAAUCAGCCCGGGGAGUUCCAUCGAAGAAUUAGUAUUCAGGGGAUACUAAUUGUCCCCGGAUCUCCCUCUUUCGGCGCAUUGUCCUGGACUUCCGGAGGUCCUGGCUGCAUGGCUUCCACGGGGAAUGCCGAGGACACGGACCGGGGGGAAGGUAAUUCGAAAGCUACUCUUUAUGACCAUUUUAUGAAAAUCUGGAGGCAAAUUGGAAAUUAAUCGUGCCGAGAUAUAUCGUAACGGGGUGGUUAAUUUUUCUAAUCGCAGAAUUGUCAGCUCGUUCCGGGGGAAGUCGAAACUCAUCCAACACUUUGAUAGGAGAAGAUGGCGAGGAGGAUGCCGAGUACAGUGAGAGUAAGGAUUGCGACGAUAUUCCUGGGAUGAAAGAAAUAUAGUGGAUCGUGAAAUUACUUUUAAUUCGUUUCGUCAGAGUACGAGGAAGCGGUGUUCACGGCCACUGCAUUUGCAGUGGUAAUUGCAGUGUACUGUUGCAUCGUUUACUCCCUGAGUAGUCCACCCUCGCAUCUGUCGUCACUAUCUUACCACUAAGAAGCACCUGGACCGAAGUAAACCAUGGAGAGGAAGUAAUCUACAGUCAUUAUUUAAAGGAACUUUAAUAUAUUUCGAGUAGGUGUAAAAUAAAGCAAACUCGAAAUAAUCAAUAUCCCGCCAGACAAUUUAUCCGAAUAAAG